AUGUCUGACUUGGACAUUGCCACUGUAAAGAGACCCCUCGACACCAAUGUGGAGUUCUCCGAAAAUAAUGCGAAGAAGUUAAAAGUUGAUCAACGCAUCAGGAUAGAUAGUGGCAUUCAUGAAACAGAUGUCGGCAUUAGUUUGUUCUUAUCUCCAGAAUUACCAGGAUUCAGAGGUCAGAUCAAGCAGCGGUAUACUGAUUUUUUGGUUAAUGAAAUAGAUCAGGAAGGAAAUGUAGUUCACUUAACCGACAAAGGAUUUAAGGUGCCAAAGAAACCGCAGCGCUCCAAAGAAGAGGCCAUCGCAGAAAAGGAAGCUGAAGCGGCAAGAAGAGAGGAAUUCAAUGUUAAUCCUGCAUUGAGAGAGGAGUUGGUGGAGAUGUUUGGCGAAGAAGAUGUCUCCAAAAUCGAAUCUGUUUACCGCAUGGCUAAUAAGAUGGAAACAUCUAAAGUUUUCGAGGAUAAAUCCGUUAGAACUAAGAUUCACCAAUUAUUGCGUCAGGCUUUUAAUAAUGAAUUGGAAUCGGUAACCACUGAUACCAAUACGUUCAAGAUUGCAAGAUCUAGUAGAAAUUCAAGGACUAACAAACAGGAAAAGAUCAACCAAACUAAAGAUUCUAACGGUGUGGAAAAUUGGGGGUAUGGUCCAAGCAAGGAUUUCAUCCACUUCACUCUGCAUAAGGAAAACAAGGAUACCAUGGAAGGCGUAAAUGUCAUAACAAAGCUACUGAGAGUUCCUAGUCGUGUCAUUCGAUAUGCAGGUACCAAGGAUCGUAGAGCUGUAACAUGUCAGAGACUUUCAAUUUCAAAGAUUGGUUUGGAUAGACUGAACGCCUUAAAUAGAACAUUAAAAGGAAUGAUUAUCGGUAAUUACAACUUCUCAGAUGCGGGUUUGAACUUGGGUGAUUUAAAGGGAAAUGAAUUUGUUGUUGUUAUCAGGGAUGUUACCGUCGGUACUAGUGGAGCUGUACUAGAAGAGAUUGUAUCCAAUGGUUGUAAAUCCUUGUCAGAAAAUGGGUUUAUAAAUUAUUUUGGUAUGCAAAGAUUUGGCACGUUCAGUAUCUCUACACAUACAAUUGGUAGAGAGUUACUCUUGUCGAACUGGGAAAAAGCAGCUGAGUUGAUCUUAUCUGAUCAAGAAAAUGUACUUCCAAAAUCUAAGGAGGCGAGAAAUAUUUGGGGAACAACUAAGGAUGCUGCUUUAGCUUUGAGGCAGAUGCCAAGACAAUGUCUUGCGGAAAACGCCUUGCUAUAUUCCUUGUCCAAUCAGAGAAAAGAAGAUGAUGGAAGCUAUUCUGCAAACGCCUAUUACACCGCCAUAAUGAAAAUUCCAAGAAACUUAAGAACUAUGUAUGUGCAUGCUUACCAAAGUUACGUCUGGAACUCUAUUGCUAGUAAGCGGAUAGAACUACAUGGUUUGAAAUUGGUUGUUGGUGACCUUGUUAUCGAUGACGCUGAAAAGCCUGUAUCGAUUGGCGGCAUAGACGAUGAAGACUUCGACGAAGAUGUUCGCGAAGCUCAAUUUAUUCGCGCAAAAGCAGUGACUCAGGAAGAUAUUGACUCAGGUAAGUAUAGCAUGGAAGAUGUUGUUUUACCAUCGCCAGGUUUUGAUGUGCUUUAUCCUUCUAACGAAGAAUUGAAGCAGCUGUAUGUGGAUAUAUUGAAGGCAGAUAAUAUGGACCCAUUUGAUAUGAGAAGAAAAGUCCGUGAUUUUUCAUUAGCUGGCUCUUAUAGGAAUGUUAUUCAAAAGCCGAAGAACUUGGAGUACAAAAUAAUCCACUAUGAUGACCCUUCCCAACAAAUAGCGAACACUGAUUUGGAUAUUUUGAAUAACACAAGAGCAAAAGAAAGUGGUCAAAAGUAUAUGAAAGCCAAGCUGAACAGAUAUAUGCCAGACAUAGGUGGUGAGAAAACGGCGGCAGUGUUGAAGUUUCAGUUGGGCACAUCUGCCUAUGCUACCAUGGCAUUACGUGAACUCAUGAAACUCGAAACUUCUCGUCGUGGUGAUAUGUGCGAUGUUAAGGAGAUUGUUUAA